CGGGACACGCAAGACAAGAUGCUGACUCGGUCGAGCAAGACGCUGCUGCAGACACCCGGGGCGCGCCGCGGCUUCCACUCCUCCAUCGUGAGCUCGCUGGUGCCCAUGGUGCUGGAGCAGUCGCCGCGGGGAGAGCGCGUGUUCGACAUCUACUCGCGCCUGCUGAAGGAGCGCAUCGUGUUCGUGCACGGGCCCGUGAACGACGACAUGGCAUCGCUCGUGACGGCGCAGCUGCUGUUCCUCGAGUCGGAGAACCCGGAGAAGGACGUGUACAUGUACAUCAACAGCCCCGGGGGCAUCGUCAGCUCCGGCCUGGCCAUCUACGACACCAUGCAGUACAUCCAGCCCAAGGUCAACACGCUUUGCAUGGGGCAGGCCGCCUCCAUGGGCUCGCUGCUGCUCGCAGGAGGCACCCCCGGCUGUCGGUCGGCGCUGCCCAACUCUCGUAUCAUGAUUCACCAGCCGUCGGGAGGAGCGCAGGGCAUGGCGAGUGACAUCGCUAUCCAGGCCGAGGAGAUCAUCAAGCUCCGUGCGAGGUUGAACGGCUUGUAUGCGUCCCACACGGGGAAACCCCUCAAGGUGAUUGAGCAGGCGAUGGAUCGCGAUCUGUUCAUGGACCCGCGCGAGGCGCAGGAAUUCGGCAUCAUCGACUCCAUCAUUGCUAACCGGAAGCCCACGGCGCCCUCCAGCGAGCAAUAA